AAACCCAUCACCUCUAAGCUCUCAAUGCAUUCACCAUUAACUUCCUCAAUACAAGCUCUAGUACUGAGAAUUCAAGCUAGGCAUGGCUGUUAAACUCCUCCUCAUUGCACUCCUUGCCUUAGCUUCCUCCAAUGCAAUAUUGGCUUCCGAUCCUAGUCCCCUUCAGGACUUCUGCGUCGCCGAUCGUAACUCAAAGAUAUCCGUCAAUGGAUUUCCAUGCAAGAACAUGGACGACGUGAAAGCGGAAGACUUCUUCUUUUGCGGCCUUGAUAGGCCCGGCAACACCACCAACAACGUCGGCUCCGCUGUCACCCAAGCAAACGUGAACCAAAUCCCAGGGUUGAACACGCUCGGCGUCUCCUUGGUUCGCAUUGACUAUGCUCCUAAUGGUCUCAACCCUCCUCACACCCACCCACGCGCCACGGAGGUCCUCGCCGUGAUAGAAGGAGAGCUCUACGUUGGCUUUGUGACCUCCAACCUCAACGGUGGCGGCAACCGCCUAUUCACCAAGAAUCUGAGAAAGGGUGAUGUGUUUGUGUUCCCGCAGGGCCUCAUCCACUUCCAGUUUAACACAGGGAAAACUAAUGCGAUCGCGUUCGCCGGUCUCAGUAGCCAAAACCCAGGCGUCAUCACUAUCGCCAACGCUGUUUUCGGGUCGAGGCCACACAUUUCUGAUGAUGUGCUCGCCAAGGCUUUCCAAGUGGACAAAAACCUUAUUGACCGGCUCCAGGCGCAGUUCUGGACCGACAACAACUACUAGAAACCUGCUUUCGAAUUAAUAAUCAUCUACCAGCUUUUCGUUAUUUAGGUCAUGUUAUAUUUGUUGGAAUAAGAAUUAGCCAAGCCAACAGUAGCGUCGCUACUGUUAGCAUGUGAUGUUAUAAUUUUAUAUGUCAGUCGAGACUCGAGAUCAAUAUGUAAUGAAUAAAAAGAAAAUAUGUAAUCCGGUUCGCUUUAUAUAUAAAUAAUACUAAUUAAUUCGUUGCCA